AUGAGACGCGUCGCCUCCGCCGCCGCCGCCGCCGCCGCCACCGCCACCGCCCAAGCCCGCCGGAAGGCCUCCCCGCUCCGCCACCUGCUCGCGGCGCCCCUCCGGGCCCUGUCCCGCGCCCGCGACCUCUACGUCCGCAGCCUCCUCAGCUGCGCCUCCGCCGUCGGCCACGGCUACGUCGCCUGCCCGGGCGGCCAGCACGCCCCCCUCCCCCGGAGCUUCAGCGCCUGCUCGUCCCGCUCCGACGGCGGCGGGCGGGACGGCGACGGCGUCGACGACGACUUCAGGGAGCUGGUCCGGGCCGCCUCCGCCCGGACCCUGGGGUACCGCGCGGAGGACCUCGACGCCGUCGUGCGGCAGAUCAGGAGGAGCCGGUCGGGGGUGAGGGUGAUGCCGAAGAGCUGCAGCGUCGGGAUGGGGAGGAUCGAGGAGGAGGAGAGGGAGUGGGACGUCGGCGCCGGCGCCGGCGGGGAGAGGGACAGCGUCAGGCGGAGGAGCCGGAGCUCCGACGUCGUUGUAGAUUUUGGAGACACCGCGUUUUGA